CACCGCCUCCUGCCUCAGGACGCCCGUGAACCCGCGCACCAGGGCGCCGCUGGCUCUGUACGAGCGGGAGAGGCGCCCGCCGGCCGCGGCGGAGCAGCAGAAGUGUCUGAAGAGAGGAUUUAGGAGUUGAUAUGCAACUCAGUGGAAAAUAAUGUAGGAUCUUUCCAUGGAUCCAAAGCUGAGAUCACCAUCGUUUGUAUACACAAGGAUGAUUUUGACUUGGACUAUAAUACUGAGAGACAGCAAAGCCCCACUCUAAGUGGGGAUUGCGAGGACUGGAUAGACUUUCCCAAAAUGUGCCACUCAAAUCAGGAAUAUUACUUGAAGCUGGAAGAGCUGAAGAAUGCCCACCUGGAGACAAUGGCAAAACUGGAAAACAUGUAUCAGAAUAAGCUGCAUUUGAAAGGAGUACAGCCCCUGGACAAUAAGGAUGCUGCUCCUAGUUUGUGUUAUAGAUCAAUAUGGGAUAAGAGCUCAUUUCGGCCUCUGAAUUUGCAUAAAUCUUUUUCUGAGCCCGACUUAAAUGAUCUAUCCUAUUCAAGUUUAUCUGAUGGGUCUGAUGAAGAAUUAGAGUUGGAAGAAGAAAAUGGUAGUGAAACUGAGUCACUGACAUUUGCUAAAGAGCAGAUCGAAAAAAUGUGGGAUGGGUUUUCUGUGGAGGACUAUGUCUAUCACACUAAACGUAGCUUACCAAAUUCACCAACAUUCAGAAUGAUGGGGAAGAAGCAGAAAGAGUGGUCACCAAAGGUCACUGUGCCUAAGCCUUUCCAGAUGACUAUUCGAGAAGCUAAGAAAAAACAACAAAAUGUCAAAUCAAAGUCACAAAUAGAAAUGGAAAAUAAUUUAUUGAAGAAACAUCUAGAGGAAGAAGCAGAGUGUCAAAAGAAAUUCAGAGCCAAUCCUGUGCCUGCUUCUGUCUUCCUUCCGCUCUAUCAUGAAAUAAUGGAAAGAAAUGAAGAACGCAGGAAGUUUGUGAAAGAGAGAAGCAAAGAUAUUCUUUUGGCCUCUCAGAGACCAUUUCAGUUUAUCAAGAGGGAGGAGCAAAGGAAAGAAAUUAGGAAAAUGCAAUUAAAAGACCAUUCAUUGUCUGAAAAAAAAACAAAAUUAUUCCAAGCAAAACCUGUCCCUAAAUCUGUUUACAGUCCAGCCAUUAAUGAUAAGUUAAAAGAAGAAGAGCUCUAUAGAGAAAUUAGGAUCCAAAUGAGAGCUGAAGAGUUGCUACGUAAUUCUUCUCUUCCCAACAGCAGACUGGCUAGUAGAACUAUCAAUAAACAGAGGAAACAAAAAGAAGAACUGGAGCAUAAACCAAGGAUCAAAUCUAGGGUUCCAGACUUUGAAACACUACAUCAAAAAUUCCAGAAUAGGCUCCUAAAACAGAAACAUGUGAAACAUAUCACAGUUUGUGAACCUUUCAAUCUUCGUACUCCACGUAUCCCAUCCAACAAAGGGAAGAUUCUGCAGGACAUUCAAACAGAUGAAGAAACAUUAAAAGAAACACGCUGGCCAUACGCCUCCCCAAGAUGCAAACCUCGAAUGAGGUGUUCAAGUGCAAAUUCAUCUCCCUUGGGACGUGAGGAAUCUAAAUCUCCAAGAAUCACAGAGUCUACCAAAAGACGAAUACAAGCUAUAAGGAAAUCACUUGAGGAAAAGAGAAAGCUGGAAGAAGAGCAAAAAAGGAUCAGAGCAAAGCAGAAACAAAGAGUGAAAAAACUGCAAAAACUUAUAACAACCCGGGCUGAGGCCAAUGACCCACAUCAGAGCCUAGCUCGGAUGUCUAAAUCCAAAUUAAAAAUAAUCAGGAAACAUGAGAAGCAAAGAAUGCAAGAGUAUCUGCGGGAGCGGGAAGAAAUGGAAGAAAGAGUAAACCAGAGGCCAUUGCUUUUGGAAAGAGCCACUCAGAAAAAUGCCAGAAUAGCAGCAGAAAAGCAUUACUCUGAUAUACUGAGAGAACUGGGGAUUUGUGAGGACUUCCUUUCAAAAAAACGUCAAACUGCUAAAUUGCUGGACCAGUCCAAUGCUAAAGGCUUUGGAAGCUGCACUGAAGACAGAGAAAGUCUUAAUGAAGAUAAAGUUCAAGAAAGAGAAUCCUGUGAUGGGGAGAAGGCAAAUCCUCACUAUGACCAAUCUUGUGGGGAGGUGGAAGAGGAGAAAGCAAGCUCAGAGUCUGACCAAUCCUGUGAGGAGGAGGAAGAGGAGGAGGCAAGCUCAGGGUCUCACCAAUCCUGUGAGGAGGAGGAAGAGGAGGAGGCAAGCUCAGGGUCUCACCAAUCCUGUGAGGAGGAGGAAGAGGAGGAGGCAAGCUCUCAGUCUGAUCAUGAUGAUGAGCAUGUUGUGGAAUAUGAGGAUGAUAAGUAUGAAGAUGGUUUAGAAGAAAACCCUAGUAAUGCUGAAGCUAACUGAAAGGAAGGAAGGCAGACUUACUUCUCUUACUGCCUUGGAGCUCAACACACAUUUUAUUGCUGGCAAUGGGUAUACUAAAGAAAAACCUGACUCUUGGUGCUAUGGGCAUUUUGAACUGCAUACAUGUAGGUCUUGUGUGAAUUUCCAUUUGUUAGCAUAAUAUAACUUCUAAUGCUGAAUUUGCUUUUUUUUCCAGUAAGAACAAAUUAUCAUUACUCAUUUCCAUUAGCAGUUGCA